GUUCACUACUGUUAGAAUCGAAGAUAAAUCCAAAUACUGCGUAUCAAAAACAGCAGGACACCCUGAUUGUUUGGUCAGAAGCAGAAAACUAUGAUUUAGCACUGAGUUUUCAAGAAAAAGCCGGCUGUGAUGAAAUUUGGGAAAAAAUCUGCCAGGUUCAAGGCAAGGAUCCUUCAGUGGAAGUCACGCAGGACCUUAUUGAGUCAGAAGAGGAACACAUAGAAGAAAUGCCUGAAACUAGUCCUUUGAUCGACCUUCCUACUUGUGAACUCAACAAACUUGAAGAGAUUGCUGACCUAGUUACCUCUGUUCUCUCCUCACCCAUCCGCAGAGAAAAGCUAGCGCUGGCCUUGGAGAAUGAAGGCUAUAUUAAAAAACUAUUACAGCUUUUCCAAGUCUGCGAGAAUUUAGAGAACACCGAAGGCUUACAUCAUUUGUAUGAAAUUAUUAGAGGAAUUUUGUUCCUCAACAAAGCAACUCUGUUUGAGGUGAUGUUUUCUGAUGAGUGUAUUAUGGAUGUUGUUGGAUGCCUUGAGUAUGAUCCUUCUUUGGCUCAGCCAAAACGGCACAGGGAGUUCUUGACCAAAACAGCAAAAUUUAAGGAAGUUAUUCCUAUAACAGACUCUGAACUCAGGCAAAAAAUCCACCAGACUUACAGGGUACAGUAUAUUCAGGACAUCAUCUUGCCGACACCAUCUGUUUUUGAAGAGAAUUUUCUUUCUACCCUCACUUCCUUUAUUUUCUUCAACAAAGUUGAGAUUGUCAGUAUGUUGCAGGAAGACGAGAAAUUUUUGUCUGAAGUUUUUGCACAAUUAACAGAUGAAGCUACAGAUGAUGACAAACGAUGUGAAUUGGUUAACUUUUUCAAGGAAUUCUGCGCGUUUUCUCAGACGUUACAACCUCAGAACAGAGAUGCAUUUUUCAAAACUUUGGCGAAGUUGGGAAUUCUUCCAGCUCUUGAAAUUGUAAUGGGAAUGGAUGAUCUGCAAGUUAGAUCUGCUGCUACAGAUAUAUUUUCUUAUCUAGUAGAAUUUAGUCCAUCCAUGGUCCGAGAAUUUGUAAUGCAAGAGGCCCAGCAGAGUGAUGAUGAUAUCCUCCUCAUCAACGUGGUCAUUGAGCAGAUGAUCUGCGAUACCGAUCCUGAACUUGGGGGAGCUGUUCAGUUAAUGGGGCUCUUGCGUACUCUGAUAGAUCCAGAGAAUAUGUUGGCCACAGCUAAUAAAACAGAAAAAAGUGAAUUUCUCAAUUUCUUCUACAACCAUUGUAUGCAUGUUCUUACUGCACCGCUUCUGGCUAAUACAUCAGAAGAUAAAUGUGAAAAAGAUGCAGUAGUUGGGUCAACUAAGAGUAAUACAAUUUGUCCUGAUAAUUACCAAACGGCACAACUACUUGCCUUAAUUUUGGAGCUGCUUACUUUUUGUGUGGAACACCACACGUAUCACAUCAAGAAUUACAUUAUGAACAAAGAUUUGCUAAGAAGAGUACUGGUCUUGAUGAAUUCAAAACACACAUUUCUGGCCUUGUGUGCUCUCCGCUUUAUGAGGAGGAUAAUUGGCCUAAAAGAUGAAUUCUAUAACCGUUAUAUCACCAAGGGAAAUCUGUUUGAACCAGUUAUAAAUGCUCUUUUGGAUAAUGGAACUAGGUACAACCUGCUCAACUCUGCUGUGAUUGAGCUGUUCGAAUUCAUCAGAGUGGAAGAUAUUAAGUCCCUUAUUGCACAUAUAGUUGAAAACUUUUAUAAUGCACUUGAAUCUAUCGAAUAUGUUCAGACAUUCAAGGGACUGAAGACAAAAUACGAGCAAGAAAAAGACCGACAAAACCAGAAACUGAACAGUGUUCCAUCCAUAUUGCGUAGCAAUAGAUUUCGCAGAGAUGCAAGAGCCUUAGAGGAGGAUGAAGAAAUGUGGUUCAAUGAAGAUGAAGAGGAAGAAGGUGAAGCUGUUGUCCCUCCGGUUGAGAAGUCAAAACAGGAGGAUGAUUUUCCAGAUAGCUAUGAAAAAUUUAUGGAAACUAAAAAAGCUAAGGAGAGUGAAGACAAAGAGAAUCUUCCAAAAAGGACUUCAGCUGGGGGAUUCAAAUUCACUUUUUCCCACUCAGCCAGCGCAGCCAAUGGUGCAAACGGUGCAAACAGUAAAUCCGUGGCAGCUCAGACGUCACCAGCAAGCUCCAACGGCUCCUCUUCAAAGAACGCAACCCUGACCACAGCGGUGACGGCCACGAAGGGAAGUCUAGUUGGCCUAGUGGAUUAUCCUGACGAUGAAGAUGAUGAUGAAGAGGAGGAGACAUCUCCAAGGAAAAGACCUCGUCUGGGUUCAUAAAUGAAACCAAAACUUUGGAAUAAAAACUUUUAUUAUGGGGUUUCAAAUGCUGCAACUGUUUUAAGAGCUAAAAAGAAUCUGAUUCAGAAAGCUUUCUCCCAUGGGUACAUAAGAUAAUACAAGGAGUAGCAAAAGAAACUCAGUAUAUCAGCUAGAAAGGGUUAGUUCUGUAAACACAAAGCUUCCAAGGAACUUAUCUUUCUAGUAAGGAAGGAGUCUGCCAUUCAGGCUGUCAAAAAAA